GUUUUUUUUGUUGUUUGGUUUUGUGUUUGAAAUUAUAAUCCAAACAAACAAACAAAAAGUUAUCGUUUUUUUCUGCAGACAUCAAAACUCAAGAGUUUUUUGUUUUGUUUUUGUUUUGGAUGUCUGUGUCUGGUCUUUGUCUUCGUGGUAACUGAAGAGAGAUCUUAUAAUAAUCCGCGGAUCAGAUAGAAGUGAUUGGUUGGACCGCAAGACCUGCUAUUUUUCAUAUAUCAUAUAUAUCAGUGACAUUACCGCCGCCGCAGCCGUCGUCAUGAAGCUGACCAUUACUACGAUGACUGAUCUGAUCUUUGGUCUGGAAGUAUCAGAUGAUAUGGAAGUAGAAAAUCUGAAGGCGUUAUGUGAAUUUGAAUCGGGAAUCAGUGCCCAACAAAUGAUGGUUAUGUUUGAAGGCCGACAACUGACGGAUGACAAGAUGUCGCUGAAAUCCUAUGCCAUCAAAGACGGCGACGUAUUGCUCAUACAGAAGAAGACACCGGUAUUGGACAAUACGGAAGGACAGGGCAUUCGCCAGUCGGCCGGUCCGUCGACAUCAUCAAUGCUACCGGAUUUCAGCCAGAUUUCGGUACCGACGGCCGGGUUUGGCGGUAACGGUGGAAACGGUGGCGGACUGUUUGGUAGGGGAAUUGAUGGACAACCGUCACCGCAACAAAUACGCGACCAAUUGCUGGCCAAUCCCGACCAAUUGGCUGCGCUGCGUGUGAACAAUCCACGUCUGGCCGAAGCAGUGGACGCCGGCGCCGACCAGUUUCAGGAACUAUACAAUCGGCUACUUAAGGAUCAUAUGGAUCGCGAACGACAGCGACUGAGGAUGCUGUUGGCCGAUCCGUUUGAUGCCGAAGCCCAACGAUUGAUAGCCCAGGAGAUUGAACAGAAAAAUAUCGACUCAAAUAUGGAGAACGCUAUGGAAUAUCUACCGGAAAGUUUCGGUCAAGUAUUGAUGUUAUACAUUGACUGUACGGUCAAUGGUUUCCCAAUCAAAGCGUUUGUCGAUUCCGGUGCACAGUCGACAAUAAUGUCGAAAGCGUGCGCCGAACGAUGCAAUAUAACACGACUUAUUGAUCAGCGAUGGUCUGGUAUAGCCAAAGGUGUCGGUACUCAACGUAUUAUCGGUCGGAUUCACUUAUGUCAGAUACAGAUAGCCAACGACUAUCUGGCCUCGAGUUUUACCAUACUAGAGGAUCAGCCGAUGGAUAUGUUGCUCGGCCUGGAUAUGCUUAAACGUCAUCAGUGUAGUAUUGAUCUCAAACGUAAUCUAUUGGUUAUCGGUACGACCGGUACGGAAACCAGAUUUCUCAACGAAAACGAAUUGCCAGAGUUUGCCAAACAUAAGGCAAUGAGCGGCUCAGGCGGCGGCGGCAGCGGCUUAGCCGACGGUGAAGCCGAUGUCGAUGAAGCCAUUAGACGAUCGCUUAGUGAUUCCAAUAAGCCAAACACUAGCAGCAGUAGUAGUAAUACCGGUGUAGUAAAUGAAUUCCCGGAACCGAUUGUCAGGGAACUCAUGGGUUUAGGUUUCAAUAGGGAUCAAGUGGUCGAAGAACUUAGAAAAUAUAAUGGCGACAAAAAUCAAGCGAUGGCCGCACUGUUUGCUAAAUCAUUAUCGGUUCCCAAAUGACAGUUACAGUUAUACCUCAACUCUCAAUCUGUUUAGACAACAAAAAACAAAAAAUUUCAAAUAUUAAAAACAUUGACACA